AUGGCUUGUAAUAUAAUUUGGCUCUCAGAGCCCCUAUUUAACCAGCCCUCAGAUGAUAUCCUAACCCUAAAGGACGACGCGGAUCCAAGGCUACAAACUAGGCAUUUCACAGUAAGCCAAAUAUCCGUUCCUAAUACACUUCCAGAAACCUUCUUAGACUCUUAUUCGCCACAUCAUGAGAACACUGAAGACGAUGAUAUGAACAAAGCGUCAAGUCUUUUCUUGUUUGGGACAGAUGGAGGCCACGAUGUCGGGCUGGCCCUGGAACCUCCUCGUCUGCUUCCUGUGGUCAACCUGCUUAAUAGCAUCAACUGGAAACAUAUAGAUGAGAUCACUGAAGAGGCUCUUCCUGGACCUCAGGGUAUCAGAAAAAUUGACUGCUGGAAGCAUAAGAGACGAAAUUACUAG